AUGCCGAAAAACAAAGGAAAAGGUGGUAAAAAUCGUCGUCGUGGUAAAAAUGAAAACGACGAUGUCAAACGCAAUGGACAUUUAGAAGCAUUCUGUUUCGAUACUGCGGGAGGCAAAAAACGCUUAUGUCACAUUCGAGGUAAAUUACGAAAGAAACAAUGGAUUAAUCAAGGUGAUGUUAUCCUUGUUGGACUUCGAGAUUAUCAAGAUGAUAAAGCUGAUGUUAUCAUGAAAUAUCAUGCCGAUGAAGCUCGUGAAUUGAAACGAAUGCACGAAAUUCCAGAUAACAUUAACAUCACUGAAACAUCGAAUAGUACAAAUGAAGGAUUAGAAGAUGUUAUUUUCGAUGAAAGACACAAUGAUGAUGAAUCCAGUGAGGACGAAGAUGGUUUACCACAUAAUACCGGAGAUCGACGAACUGGUAAUGAAAGUCCUUCAGAAGAUGAUUCCGAUGAUGAUGAUGAAGAUGAUGCUGGUGGUUACUACAAUCCGAAUCGAAUGCCCAAAAAGACCGGCAAUUUGAAUGCACGAAACUUAAUCGGAACGAAGAAAGAUUCUGGUAAAGGUGCACGCAAUAAUCAACGAGACGUAAUCUCAGGUUCAGAUUCGGAUGAACGUGAUGAACUCGCACACAUCUAA